AUGCAGACUUCUUCUACAAACAUUUGUGAAAGACUGUGCAAUAAGUCCAUCCUUGAAAUUUUCUUGCUACUAAAUAUUCCACAGACAACUGUUAGUCUUAUUAUAACAAAGUGGAAGCAACUGGGAACAACAGAAACUCAGCCAUGAAGUAGUAGGCCACAUAAAAUGACAGAGCGGGGUCAGCUCAUGCUGAAGCGCAGAGUGCGCAGAAGUUGUCAACUGUCUGCAGAGUCAAUAGCUAAAGACCUCCAAACUUUAUGUGACUUUCAGAUUAGCACAAAACAGUGUGUAGAGAGCUUUAUGGAAUGGGUUUCCAUGGCCGAGCAGCUGCAUCCAAGCCUUACAUCAUCAAGUGCAAUGCAAAGCGUCAGAUGUAGUGGUGUAAAUCACGCUGCCACUGGACUCUAG